AUGACGACCGCACGCACGCCCUUCGACUGGUCCGUCACCGACCCGCACCACAACAACCAGUACAUGCGCUUCUCCUCGCGCCGCUCCACCGUCCUAUCCACGAAAGGUGUCGUCGCCUCUUCCCAGCCUCUCGCCUCCUCCGCUGGAAUCGAGAUUCUCAACGCGGGCGGCAACGCAGCCGAUGCAGCCGUAGCAGUAGCUGCGGCACUCAACGUCACUGAGCCUUGCAACACCGGUAUCGGCGGGGACGCCUUCUGCCUCUUCUACGAUGCCGAAAAACGCACCGUUCGCGCCUUCAACGGCUCUGGUCGUGCUCCUCAAGCAAUGACACUCGACGUGCUCCGCUCCAAGGGCGUCGACGGCAUCGAGAUCCCCAUGAACAGCAUCCACGCCGUCACCGUGCCCGGUGCGGCCGCGACGUGGGUCGACACAGUGGAAAACCUCGGCUCUGGCAAGCUCGGCAUGUCGGACAUCCUCGCCCCCGCCAUUCGUCUCGCUGAAUCGGGCUAUCCGGUUCACGAAAGCACAGCCUACCUGUGGAGUCGCAGCGAGAAACUCAUCAAAGCAGCUUCGCCGAAUGCGGACGAGAUGCUGUUCGAGGGAAGAGCGCCGAGGACGGGCGAGCUGAUGCGCAUGCCGACGCUCGCACGCACCUUCCGCGAGCUCGCCACCAAGGGCAAGGAGGGCUUUUACACGGGUCGAAUCGCUCAGGCCAUCGUCGAUCUCGUUCAGUCCCAAGGGGGUGUGCUCGAGCUCGACGAUCUGAAGGAUCACCUCGGCCGCGGAACGGAAGAGGUGACGCCCAUUCAGUACACCUACAACCACCCGGCCAGCGCCGGCGAUCUGGCCGGAAAGGAGGGCGUGACGAUGUACGAGUGCCCGCCCAACGGUCAGGGUCUCACCACGCUCGUUGCUCUCGGCAUUCUGGACGAGAUGCAGAACCAGGGCAAAGUGGGCGAUCUGGCGCAGGUCCAGCACAACUCGACCGAGUAUCUCCAUGCGCUCAUUGAGGCGUUGCGCCUAGCAUUCGCCGAUACGCGCUAUCACGUCUCCGAUCCCGCACACUCGGAACACGACGUAGCCGCUCUCCUCCUGAACCCAUCCUACCUCGCAUCUCGAGCCAAACUGUUCGAUCCCACCCGCGCAUCUGUCGACCUCGAAAAAGGUUCGCCGGCCAACACGUGCGAUACCGUCUACUUCUCCGUCACGGACCAGUACGGCAAUGCUUGUUCAUUCAUCAAUUCGAACUAUGCGGGUUUUGGCACGGGAGCUGUCCCCGCUGGGUGUGGGUUCACGUUGCAGAACCGCGGUGCGGGGUUCACGUUGCAAGAUGGUCAUCCGAACAACGUUGCACCGCGCAAGAGGCCGUAUCAUACGAUUAUCCCGGCGAUGGCGACGAGAGGCGACGAACUCUUCCUCAGCUUCGGCGUCAUGGGCGGCUUCAUGCAGCCUCAGGGGCAGGUGCAGGUGCUGAUGAAUAUUUUGCAUCAUGGAUUCAGUGUUCAGGACGCGCUCGAUGCGCCGAGGUUCUGUAUCGGAGCGGGCAUGGCCGGGCCGGAAGGCGCGACGAGCGAGGUGUACUUCGAAGAGGGCGUGGACGAGGGCGUGGUGGAGAAGCUGAGGGCGAUGGGACACCAGGUCAAGGUGGUCAGUGGCUGGGGACGGUUCCAGUUCGGAAGGGGGCAGGUGAUUCAGAAGGUUGCCAAUGCAAGUGGGAAGCUCGUCUGGGCUGCGGGAAGCGAUCCUCGAGCCGAUGGGCAGGCGAUUGCUCAGGUUUGA